AGCGUCCGCCAGACGAGUAGACGUGUUACACGUUUUACCGGCAUUCUAAUCAUCAGUGUGAGAGACUUUCAUCAUGGAAAAACAGUUUUUGUAUCUGUUUUUAUGGACUGUUUUUGUUUCUGUAUUAUGCAAAGUUAAUGAGGAAACAAUUAACUCCAAUCUUGUUAAUAGCAAAGUGGAAAGAAAAAUUGAUAUUUCUACUCAUUUAGUGAAAAUCUUCACCACUGUUACGAUAGAAAAUAAAGGGGCCUCUUCUGUGAAAUCGGUUUUAUUUGUCACAGAGCCCACAUUAAUAAAUAAGCUUUCCUUCAUAGGAGCUGUGUCCAAAGAGGAAAGACUGACAGUGUCUGAGGCUGCUGUGUCUGGCCAUAAGGACAAACAGUUCUGGAAAAUUGCACUGCCCUUGGCGUUGGCCGCUGGCAAAAGUAUCAGUAUUGAUGUGGAGACGAUCUAUGCCCAUGUACUUACCGCACACCCCAUCCAGAUCACUCAGGCAGAGAAGCAACUUGUCCUGUUUGAGGCCAACCUGUACCUGUAUUCCCCAUACAAGACUGUGUCUCAGACCACCACUGUGACAACAUCGUCAUCCAACAUAGAGUCGUACACCAAGACAAAGCCGUACUCACAGAGCGACAACACCAUCAGUUAUGGAGCGUACACCGAUCAGCCACCAUUUGCACAGUCUGACUUGAGAGUGCACGAAGAGAACAACAAUGCCUUCCUGACAGUAACGAGUAUUGAGCGGAUCAUCGAGGUCUCGCACUGGGGCAACGUGGCUGUAGAAGAACACAUAGAAAUGAGACACUCAGGGGCUGUCUUGAAGGGACCGUUUUCACGAUUUGACUACCAGCGUAGCCAAGACGGCGUUUCAUCCAUCAAGACCUUCAAGACUGUUCUUCCUGCAUCUGCCCGUGAUGUUUACUAUCGUGACGAGAUUGGCAAUAUUUCUACGAGCAAUCUGAGAGAGCUGGAUGAUUUUGUUGAGCUUGAACUGAGACCUCGCUUCCCUCUAUUUGGAGGCUGGAAAACCAAUUACUAUGUUGGUUAUAAUGUACCCAGCUAUGAAUAUCUCUACAACAAAGGAGAUAAGUAUGCUCUGAAGAUGCGAUUAGUCGAUCACCUCUAUGAUGAUAUGGUCGUUGAUGAACUGACUGUGCGAGUCAUCCUACCUGAAGGAUCGAAGAAUAUUGAGUUGAAAACCCCGUAUCCUAUAAAACGUGACAAGGAUAAACUUCACUAUACCUACCUCGAUACCAUGGGACGCCCGGUGAUCAUCAUGUACAAGAACAACCUUGUAGAACAGCACAUUCAAGACUUUGAGCUCCAUUACUCGUUCCCCAAGCUGCUGCUACUUCAGGAACCUCUGCUUGUAGUUGGAGCCUUCUAUCUCCUCUUCAUUCUGGUCAUCGUGUAUGUCAGACUCGACUUCUCAAUCACCAAGGACGAACUGAAGGAAAGCCGAAUGCGCAUAUCGAGUUUGAUCGAAGAAGUGCAGAGUACGCAGGACAAACGGAGCGCCCUCUACCAGAGCUAUGAUGAUGCCAUCAACAAGUUCAAGGCCAACAAGGAUGCGAGUCAGCUGCUGUCGAGUCGUAAGAAGAUUGACGCAGACUACAAACAGCUGACUCAACAGAUCCAGAACUUACAUGCUCAACUCAAGCUGGAGACAUCGGAUGCUGCCGAGAAGGUGUCCGAGCUGCAGCGUCUUGACAGCAGCUACAAAGAGCAGAUAAACCUGGGGAUCAGUCUGGCCGAACGUCUUGUCCACAACAAGAUUGGUAAGCAGCAGUACCUGGAGAGUGACAAGAGUGUCAGUGGCAAGAAAGAGGAAAUUUACCAGAAGAUGGAAACGUUAACCGCCCAUCUGUAGCACACUGUCUCUAGCUAGCUCAGUUAGUUUUAACUUCUUGACAUUCAUGUGGAAAAAUCAUUAAAAAUUGUUUUGUUUCUUGUUUAAAAAUUUCAUUUUUUUAUGGUGAAUUAAGAAGCAUAUCUGUUUAUAUGCAUGAUUCGCAUUCACAACUUUCAUUGAUAUCAGAAUAAAUCAUGUAUAUCAUUGUCUUGUUAAGUGUUCUAAUUCCUGUCAGCUAGUUCAAGCAUACAUUUUCUUUACAUCUUUGUUUUAAUGUUGUAAGCAAAAUGUCUUUAAAAUAAAAUAAUUGUACGAAG